AACAACAGAAGCAGGCACAACCACAGAAGCUGCAACAUCCACAACAGAAGCUAUCACUACUACUGAGGCUCUCACAACAACUGUACCAAUAACAACAACAGAGGCAGUCUCAACCACAGAAGCUGCUACAUCCACAACAGAAGCUAUCACUACUACUGAGGCUGCCACAACAACUGUACCAAUAACAACAACAGAAGCAGUCACAACCACAGAAGCUGCUACAUCCACAACAGAGGCUAUCACUUCUACUGAGACUCUCACAACAACUGUACCAAUAACAACCACAGAAGCUGCUACAUCCACAACAGAAGCUAUCACUACUACUGAGGCUGCCACACCAACUGUACCAAUAACAACAACAGAAGCAGUCACAACCACAGAAGCUGCUACAUCCACAACAGAGGCUAUCACUUCUACUGGGGCUCUCACAACAACUAUACCAAUAACAACAACAGAAGCAGUCACAACCACAGAGGCUGCAACAUCCACAACAGAAGAUAUCACUACUACUGAAGCUGCCACAACAACUGUACAACUAACAACAACAGAAGCAGUCACAACCACAGAAGCUGCAACGUCCACAACAGAAGCUAUUACUUCUACUGAGGCUGCCACAACAACUCUACCAAUAACAACAACAGAAGUAGUCACAACAACAGAAGCUGCUACAUCCAUGACAGGAGCGAUCACUACUACUGAGGCUGCCACAACAACUGUAUCAAUAACAACAACAGAAGUAGUCACAACCACAGAAGCUGCAACGUCCACAACAGAAGCUAUCACUACUACUGAGGCUGCCACAACAACUGUACCAAUAACAACAACAGAAGCAGUCACAACCACAGAAGCUGCAACAACCACGACAGAGGCUAUCACUUCUACUGAGGAUGCCAUAACAACUGUACCAAUAACAACAACAGAAGCACUCACAACUACAGAAGCUGGAACAACCACAACGGAAGCUAUCACUACUACUGAGGCUGCCACAACAACUGAAACAAUAACAACAACAGAAGCUGUAACAACCACAAACGCUGCAACAACCACAACAGAGGCUAUCACUUCAACUGAGACUGCCACAUCAACUGUAACUACAACACAGGCUGCUUCCACCACAGAAGCUGUGACUACAACACAGGCAGCUACUACAACAGAAGCUGUAACUACAACACAGGCUGCUACUACAACAGAAGCUGUAACUUCAACACAAACAUCUACUACAACAGAAGCUGUGACUACAGCACAGGCAGCUACUACAAUAGAAGAUGUAACUACAACACAGGCAGCAACUACAACAGAAGCUGUGACUACAACACAGUCAGCUACUACCACAGAGGCUGUAACUACAACACAGGCAGCUACUACCACAGAGGCUGUACCUACAACACAGGCAGCUACUACCACAGAGGCUGUAACUACAACACAGGCAGCAACUACCACAGAGGCUGUAACUACAACACAGGCAGCAACUACAACAGAAGCUGUAACUACAACACUGGCAGCUACUACCACAGAGGCUGUAACUACAACUCAGGCAGCUACUACACUAGAUGCUUCAACUUCAACACAGGCAGCUACUACCACAGAGGCUGUAACUACAACACAGGCAGCUACUACACUAGAUGCUUCAACUUCAACACAGGCAGCUACUACCACAGAGGCUGUAACUACAACACAGGCAGCUACUACCACAGAGGCUGUAACCACAACUCAGGCAGCUACUACACUAGGUGCUUCAACUUCAACACAGGCAGCUACUACCACAGAAGCUGUGACUACAACCCAGGCAGCUACUACCACAGAAGCUGUAACUACAACACAGGCAGCUACUACCACAGAAGCUGUGACUACAACACAGGCAGCUACUACAACAGAAGCCGCAACUACAACACAGGCAGCUACUACAACAGAAGCCGCAACUACGACACAAGUUCCUUCUACAACCACAGAAGCUGCAGUUAGCGCGGCCAUAAAUGAGCCCAUUCCAUUUGGAUCGAGCGAGUCCGAUUUGGUCCUUACUGGUGAUGACAGGACCGGUGAACGUCUGUCCGCCCCCACAGGAGUUUUUGUCGGAGAUGGAAGCUCUGGAAUAUUUUCGGAUGUGACGAUCGGUACAAACGGUGUAAUUGGAAUAGGUGAGCGGUACAAUAGUUUCACAAUAAGAGACCUCUCGUCCUCGUUAACCAGAACACGUAGGAUCCUCUGUCCGUUCUGGGCCGAUUUGGUGGGAAAUACGGACAUGACUGAACAAGGUGGAAAAGUGUACUACCGGUCCUAUACCAAGGCCAAUAAAAACGACCAGACCAUUCUAAACAAGGUCAAUGACAUAGUGAAGAAGUACUACACAGAUUACCCUAAAUUUGAUGCAACAUGGCUCGUGAAGGCCACAUGGUAUAACAUGAGCUUCUUCGGCUACUCGGCCAGUGAAAAUAAAGUAUCCUUUCAGUCCCUUUUGGUUACGGACGGCGAGAACACUUUCGCCAUAUUUAACUACAUGAACGUUAACAUUCCCCCAAUCAACAAUCUCAAAAUAUCAAUGGGAUACCGAUUCCGUAAUUUCUACACCAGCAACUCUUACACCAAUCAGAGGGCAGCAUUCCGAAUGAGUUCUAUUCCAGGCAACACCGAGUAUAACGGAUUUUGGGUGUACAAGAUGACGACCACGGUAUCUCUAAGUGUGGAGGAGAAAGAGUGUUUCAACUGGUAUGUGGACAACAAGUUACGGGGGGUGGACGCACAGCUGAAUCGUCUCCGGUCCUGGAGAAGGUAUCAAUGUCCCUGCAGCAGUCGACAGCUCCGGUUCGCCCCGGGAUUCAGAGUGAACCGAAUAGAUCAAAGAAACAACGUCAUCUGUUUUGCGUCCAUGACUGGAGCGGAAAGUGCGGAAUGCUGUUACCCAAUGAACUGGAGAGGUAGAGUCCGUGGUUCCAGAACUAACGCCAUUCCUAUGGCAGGAACGCUCCUAGAGUCCAGUCCUUUCUUUAGGACGAGGCAGUAUUUCCAGAACGACUUCAAUCCUAAGGAGGCCUGCUGUAACACCGGCCACUGUGACUGGUACUAUGAGGUCCGACCAAGGACAAGAUGUUACCGUAGAGCCAGGUUCAGGCCCGCUCGAUUUUUCGGAGAUCCUCAUAUUGGGACACUAGAUGGUGGACAAUACACGUUUAAUGGCUACGGAGAGUACACAAUGAUGAAGUUGGAUGCAGGAAGUGUUAACUUUGAACUCCAAGCCAGAACUGACCUGACAUCUAAUGCUAAUGGCACCACCAUCAAUGCUACCAUUUUCAGCGCAUUCGUUGCCAAAGACCAAACUGGUGCGACAAUGCAGGUUGAAUUGUCCAGGAAUAAAGACAAAAUGUAUAUUCGCGGCAAUGGCCGGGACCUGACAAUCAACUUUGACAAUGAUCAAGAAUUCUCUUUCAUAACGGAGAAUUUAUCCAUGACAAAAGAAAACGACACAGUUUCGGCAACGUUUUUGCAAAGCUCCAUAACCAUACGAAUCAGCAUGGGGGUCCGGUUUUUGAGUUGUGAGUCGGUGGUUAGCGACGAAUACAAAGGAAACGUGACUGGUUUGAUGGGAAACUUUGACGGAGACAAAAACAACGACUUCAUCCUCCCGGACGGUUCUACCCUCACCGGUAGUGCUGUAAACUCGGAAAGGAACAUCUACAACAAUUUCGGGCAGAAAUGGUCAGUGAACGAAAGCACCUCGCUGUUUCACUAUGAUAUUGGCUAUUCUCAUCGGGACUUUUCGCAUCCUGACUUUGUACCAUUCUUCAUUGACGAGUUUUCUGAAGAAAAACGUAACACCUCCAUAGAUGCUUGUGGAGGAGCAUCAGCCUCACAGGCGUGUAUAUUCGACUUCCUCGCGACUGGAGACAAAGCUCUUGCAGAGUCUUCUGGAAGUGAGCAAGCAACUUCUGAGUCUGAAAAUGCUGCAGCAGAUAACGAGACGCCAAAUAUAGAACUACAGGGUGAUGGCCCAAUAGUGGCUACGGUGAACCAGCCAAUACAGCUGAAAUUCAACGCAUCUGAUGAUGGCACCUUCGUUUACCAAGUUCUAGACCAGCCUGGGACUGGGUUCUCCUUUGACGGCAGCUCGGGUGUCGCCACUUGGACCCCAGCAGACACCAAUGUCGUCAACAUAAGCGUGACGGCUGUUGAUAACCAAAACGUGUCCGCUUCGCCGGUGGAUGUCGAUAUCAUUUUAUGCAGUGGUUGUAACAGUCAUGGAGACUGCAAUUACAAUAUUACAAGAAGCAGCACAAGUAGCAUGUUUAAGUUGGCCAGUUGUGUGUGCUACACUGGAUACGAUGGUGAUGAUUGUGAAAAUGACGCAGACGCUUGUACUCAAAGCCCGUGCCCUCUGGGUAGAAACUGUACCGACCUGACCCCACAAGAAGAGGUCGCCCUGGGUCGGGGAUACAAUUGCUCAGACUGUCCGGCAGGGUUCGCAGACAUCGAUAACAAGUGCGAAGAUGUCAAUGAAUGCAACAGCACCUCCACCAAUACCUGCGACUCUCUUACUCAGGAAUGCGAGAACACAGAAGGGAGCUUUUUGUGUAAUUGUAAAAAUGGCUACCGGAAAAUCGGCCAGGCGUGUGAAGAUAUUGACGAAUGUGCCGAGGCUACUUCUGGCUGUCAGCAGGUCUGUACAAACUCCCCCGGAUCUUACAGCUGUUCAUGUGUGGUGGGACACACCCUCAAAAGCGACAAUAAAACGUGUGAAGCGCCAGUGACCGAUCUAUGCGCGGCUGCCGGUUUGAGCUGCGAGUACACAUGUGAUAAUUCCACGGGAACCUUCGUCUGUGUGUGUCCCAGUGGUUUCGAACUAGAGUCCAGUGGACAAAACUGUACAGAUAUCAACGAGUGCCAGAGAGGGGUCUGCUCACAGGGAUGUGUGAACUCCAUUGGGUCCUACAACUGUUCCUGCUUCACUGGAUACAGUCUGAGCUCCGACCAGACCACUUGUACAGCGUGCGUACCACCAAAUUAUGGAGACAACUGUGAAAGUUUGUGCCAGUGUGGGUCCGGUGUGGACAGAUGUGACUCGGUCAGUGGGUGUGUCUGUCUGUCCGGGUGGGCGGGGUCCAGGUGUGACCAGGAUGUAGACGAAUGCACGGUCAACCCGGCCAUCUGUGGGUCAGACAAGAUCUGUCACAAUUUGCAGGGGUCCUAUAGAUGUGACUGUCGCCCGGGGUUUACAAAGAAUGGAACAAACUGUAUUGAUAUCGAUGAGUGUUCCAACGCCGCCACACACAACUGUACGGAGUCUUCGUCCACAUGUCUGAAUAAUGAUGGCGGAUAUACCUGCCAGUGUAAGGCUGGCUACGUCCAGCAAACCUCGUAUGUCUGCCAAGAUUUUGAUGAGUGCGCUGCUGGUUCGGACGGCUGCUCUCAAACGUGUACAAACGUCGACGGAGGUUUUAACUGUGGUUGUGAAUUUGGGUUCUCCCUCGGCGACGACAGAAAAUCGUGUCAAAAAGUUGCUGACAUUUGCUCCCUGUUCCCUGCAUUAAACUGUAGUUACGGUUGCAAACAGGAUCCCAACAACGCAGCAAUUGGGUACUGUUUCUGUGAAGCAGGCUAUAGUCUUAAUGCUCAAGAUAAACAGUCUUGUAUCGAUGUAAAUGAAUGUUUGAAUUCCACAACGAACAAAUGUUCUUUCCCCAACAACUGUGUGAACACUCCAGGCUCCUAUAACUGUACCUGUCCAAUUGGAUAUUCUCUUGAAAACGAUGGAAGAACCUGCACAGAGUGCGAUGGGUUUUACUAUGGAGAGGGCUGUAAAACGCCCUGUAACUGCGGGGCCGGAGCCUCCGGUUGUGACAAGGUUUUGGGAUGUCAGUGUAAGACCGGAUGGGCGGGGGCCAAGUGUGACGCAGACAUUGACGAGUGUGUCAGCGGUACCCCGUGCACUGGGGCCAACCAGGUGUGUCAGAACACCCCCGGAUCAUACAGGUGUAUCUGUGAAACAGGAUACAACGAAACUUUACCUGGCAAUUGCACAGACAUUGAUGAAUGUGUUACAAACCCCUGUAGCCAGGUAUGUUCGAACACUCCCGGAAGCUACUCCUGUAGCUGUCACGCAGGAUUUCGGUUGGUUGGAACCUCCCAGUGUGAAGAUUAUGACGAAUGUUCCGCCCCUGUUAGUCCCUGCGACCAGAUUUGUACCAACGCUAUAGGAAGCUACAAAUGCUCCUGUAAUCCAGGAUUCCUCCUAAACACCACAACAAGGACAACCUGUUAUACUAAGACGGUAUGCACCAAUACUACCUUCAACUGUUCCCAACAAUGCGGAGUCAGAGCUGAUGGAUCGGAAUACUGCUUCUGUAACACUGGCUACAAGUUGAAUGCAGAUGGAUAUACUUGUGAUGACAUCGACGAAUGUUCCCCGAAUCCAUGCAGUGAGAACUGCACCCAGAAUGGACCAGGUCUCGGAUAUACAUGUAACUGUGUGGCAGGAAAGAAACUGGAUGUGGAUCAGAGGACUUGCAUUGACUGUGACUCGGGUAAAUACGGUCUCAACUGCGAAUCGAAUUGUAGCUGCAAUGCACAGAACACUCAGUCUUGUAACAACGUGGAUGGAAGUUGUACUUGUAAGACUGGCUGGGAAGGAGCCACUUGUACAGAUAACAUCGACGAGUGUCUGAACUCCUCCAUAUGUCCCCUCAACUCUAACUGUACCGAUUCUCCAGGGUCCUACUCGUGUGAUUGCAUUGCUGGAUAUUCUCUUGCUGGAGGACAGUGUGUUGAGUGCUCCAGUACAACCUAUGGCCUGAACUGUGCCAGUCAGUGCAAAUGUGACUUCAGCAACACUCGGGCAUGUGACAAAAGUACUGGCGCCUGUAUCUGUAACGCUGGAUGGCAAGGCGUCAACUGCACAGAGGAUAUAUUGGAAUGUACUAAUGACCCAAACAUCUGUGGAGCCAACGCAACCUGUACAGAACAGAGCGGAUCCUAUCUCUGUUCAUGUAACACUGGAUACGAAAAAAGCUCCACUGGCGAAUGUAUAGAUAUCAACGAGUGCGUGCGUGGAACCGACGAUUGCAGUACGAAUGCCGCCUGUAGUAACACUGAUGGGAGUUUCACUUGUACAUGCAAUACUGGCUUCUUUGGCGAUGGUCGGACUUGCACAGAAGUAUCUACAACAACGGAAGAAGGGACAACAACAACAAUGGCAGGUUCCACUGAACCAACUGCACCUGGAACGUCUUCUCAACCCGUAACUACAGACUCUUCAACAUCUGCUCAACCCGUAACUACAGACUCACCAACGUCUGUUCAACCUGUAACUACAGACUCAUUAACGUCUGUUCAACCCGUAACUACAGUCUCAUCAACGUCUGCUCAACCUGCAACUACCGUAUCUGGAACAUCUUCCCAACCCGAAACUACUGACUCGGCAACUUCCGCCCAGCCUGUUACUACAGACUCCUCAACAUCUUCUCAAUCUGUAACCACAGGAUCGGCUACAACUACUCAGUCUGUUACUACUGACUCGGUUACAACACAAUCUGUAACCACUGGUUUGGCUACAACUGCUCAAAUUCUUACAUCAACUCAGGCUGUGUCAGACCCGCCAACAACAACUAUGCCCCAGGGUACCACCACACAGCCAACAAAUGCCCCUGUAACUACAAACGAGGCUACAACUGAAGUACAAUCUACAACAACUCAAACAACUGAAGCUUCCACGCCCACUGCAACAGACGUGACGUCAGAAGCUGCAACAACCACAACAGCUGAAUCUUUCACAUCUACAGCCCCUGUAACAACUACAACAUCUGCAGCUGUUACUUCUACCACAAAAGCUCCAACAACCUAUCAACCAGGUAAAGUGAAUUGA